AUGGUUUUUUUCCUCCAUAGAAAUCAUUCCAAAUCUCGCUCAAUCUCAACCCUUUUAAAGAGUGGUUUCACUCCAACUCUCAAAGACUUCAACAAUUUCCUUCUCUUCCUCACUAGAAAUCAAAGAUUCAGUGCCAUUAUUCACUUCUUUUCUCAGCUUACCUCUAAUAAAAUCGAAGGUGACUCCCAAACACACACAAUCUUCACCAAAGCUCUAAUAAACGAGCACAAAUAUGAAGCUGCUGCAGAUUUCUUGAGAACCCACUUGGAGAAAUCAAAGCUUUUUGAUAAAGAUCGAAUCUUUGAUUCUAUAAUCCAAGGCGUUUGCAUAACUAACAAAGAACCUGAAAAGGGUCUUUCUCUAUUGACGAAAUUUUUGAAAAUGGAUGGUGGUAUUUUUCCUUCUUCUUAUACUUUUUGUUCAUUAAUUUAUUCGUUUAGUUCUAUAGGGAAAUUAGAUAGAGUGGUAGAAGCGUUAGAGUUGAUGUCUGAUGAGAAACUCAAGUACCCUUUUGAUAAUUUUGUUUCCAGUUCUGUGAUUUCUGGAUUUGUCAGGAUUGGGAAGCCUGAACUUGCAGUUGGGUUUUUUGAGAAUGCAGUAAAGUCAGGUUCUCUGAAGCCUAAUGUUGUUACUUGUACAGCUCUAAUGGGUGCUUAUUGUAAACUAAGUAGAACUGAUGAUGUUUUAAAUUUAGUUACUUGGAUGAAAAAUAAUGGGUUGGCAUUUGAUGUUGUAUUUUAUAGCAAUUGGAUAUACGGGUAUUUGAGCGAAGGAAUAGUUUGUGAGGCAUUUCGAAAAUAUAGAGAAAUGGUAGAUAGGAAAUUGGAGUUGGAUGCUAUUAGUUAUACUAUACUUAUAGACGGGUUUGCGAAGGAUGGAAAUGUGGAAAAAGCUAUUGGAUUUUUGUACAAGAUGAGGAAGGACGGAGUGGAACCGAAUUUAGUUACUUACACCGCGAUUAUUAUGGGAUUCUGCAAGAAGGGGAAAUUACAGGAGGCAUUUGCAAUGAGGGGUGAUUUUGAUCGUGUUUUACAGCUGCUUGCUGAAAUGGUGGAGAGAGGUAUAAAUCCAAGCAUUAUUACGUACAAUACUGUCAUUAACGGAUUGUGCAAAGCUGGAAGAAUGUCUGAAGCAGAUGAUUUCUCUAAGGGCAUAGUUGGAGAUGUCAUCACGUACACUACAUUGUUACAUGGCUAUGUUGAAGAAAGGAGUGUGUCAGGGAUUUUAGAAACAAAGAGUAGACUGGAAGUGGCUGGUAUUCAUAUGGAUGCAGUCAUGUGUAACAUACUAAUUAAAGCACUAGUUAACGUGGGCUUAUUUGAGGAUGCUCUUGCAGUAUUUAAGGCACUACCAAAAAUGAACUUGUCUGCAGACUCUGUUACUUAUUGUACUCUGAUUGAAGGAUACUGUAAAGCAGGUAGAAUUGAUGAGGCGCUUGAAAUGUUUGAUGAGUUCAGGGAAAUAUCUAAUACUUCAGCUGCUAGUUACAACAGUAUUAUUUUUGGGCUUUGCAGAAAGGGCAUGGUAGAUAUGGCAAUUGAAAUUUUCAUAGAAUACAUUGAGAGAGGUUUACCUCUGAAUAUAUCAGUGUAUCAAAUGUUGAUGAGAACAACAUUUAAAGAAAAAGGUGCAGAUGGCGUUUUAAAUGCGAUUCACGGAAUGGAAAAUGUUGUAGUUGAAAUAUUUGAUAUUAUAUGUAAUGAUGCAAUUUGUUUCCUAUGUGAAAAGGGUUUUCCCGAGGCAGCAUGCAGUGCAUUACUGCUUAUGAGAAGGAAAGAAUCAAUUGUAACAAGCAAGUGUUACUAUUCAAUCUUGAGACUUCUUCUUUUUCAUGGCAAAAAAUCGUUGGCUCAGCCUAUCUUGACUUCAUUUGUUAAAGUUCAUGGUGUGUCUGAUCUUAGAGUGAGCGGGAUAAUAUUAUACUACCUGUGUUUCAGUGAUGUCAAAAAUGCCCUUAAAUUUCUUGCAAAGACAAAAGAGAGGACAUGGGCUAUUACUAUUCCUUUUGCUGUUCUUGAGACACUUGCAAAAGAUGGUAGGGUUAUGGAUGCAUAUGAGCUUCUUGUGGGUGCAGAAAAUAAUGCCCCUGUUAUGAAUGUUGUUGACUACUCAGUUAUAAUUGACGCACUUUGCAAGGAAGGGCACGUAGAUAAGGCUUUAGAUCUCUGCUCUUUUGCUAAGAAUAAAGGGAUAGCUCUCAAUAUCAUCACCUAUAAUUCCGUCAUAAAGGGGUUGUGCCGCCAAGGGUGUCUGGUUGAAGCUUUUAGAUUGUUUGAUGCACUGGAAAAAAUUGGCGUGGUUCCUUCUGAAAUUACAUAUGGUACACUGAUUGAUGCUUUAACGAAAGAAGGAAUUUUACAGGAUGCCAGGAUGCUGUUUGAGAGGAUGUUCCUCAAGAACCUUAGGCCAAAUACUCAUAUUUACAAUUCAUUAAUUAAUGGGUAUUGCAAGUCAAGUCUACUUGAGGAAGCUUUAAAUCUUCUUGAGGAUUUACAGGUUAGAUGCCUUAAGCCAGAUGGAUUCUCAGUUGGUGCUCUGAUCAAUGGUUAUUGCCUGAAAAGCGACAUGGAAGGAGCUCUGAAAUUCUUUCUUGAGUUUAAAAGCAAAGGCUUAUUACCAGAUUUCCUGGGUUUUAUGUUUCUGAUUCGUGGUCUUUGUGCCAAAGGAAGGAUGGAAGAGUCUUGGAGCAUUUUAAGGGAGAUGCUUCAGGCUGAAUCUGUCAUUGAUCUCCUCAGAAGAGUUGAUAGUGAAGUUGAAUCGGAGUCCUUAGGAAGUUUCCUCACCAUUCUGUGUGAGCGGGGAAGUAUUCAAGAGGCUGUUGAUGUUCUCGAAGAAGUUGGAUCCAUGUUUUUCUCUUCUGGGAGGAGUUCUAGUGCUUACAAUGGAUUGAAUCCACAUGAUAUGAAAGCAAAUACUGAAUUUGGGCCGUCAAUCUGCCAUGCAGUCAAUUUGCAUGCUCAGUCAUGUGGCAUUGAAAACUUAGAAAAUAUGCCGAAGUUUUGUGACGAUCGAGAGAGCAAAACAUUUAACUGGCAAGGAUUUGAUUCUUAUUAUGCUCUUAUUUAUUCACUGUGUUCAAAAGGCGAGCUCUCAAAGGCAAAUAGACUGGCGAAACAGCUCUUGCAUUUUCGUAGCCAUACACGCACAUCUGUAGGUUCAUCGUGCUAUGAUCAUAGCCAUAUGGUUUGUAGAUUCCAUUGGAUUAAAUAUGUUUUGAGAUUUAUUCAGCAAACAAUGAACAAGGAAGACCACGAAGAUAUUUAUGCAACAGACUCGGAUUCUUCUUGA